GCUACCUGUAAUUCACUUUUUGAAGAAAGCUGUUUUAUAUGUGUUUUAGUUUUCAGUUUUCUUAGUUUUAAGACUGGUUGUUACUGGUACUGCUGAUGCUGCAAAAUAUUGGAUUAUGUGUAGAUUGGAAGAUUUAUAUUGAUAAUAAUACAUCAUAUGUUUCUCUUCAUCAUUUUAAGAUUACAGAUUAUCUUUAUUUGUGACUAUUUUUUCUUUAUUUUAUUUGAUGACACUGUAAGGAAUGAGUGUAUCAAGGGUUAAAAAAUAGUAACAUGCAUAGUCUUCCCAUUUACUGGGCUUUAUUUUUUUAUUUAUUUAUUUAUUUAAUAAAUUAUUCUAAAAAUGUUUUAUUUUAUCAUUGUUUAAAUUUGACAUUAUUAUUAUUAUUAUCGUUAUUAUUAUUAUUAUUAUUAUUAUUAUUAUUAUUACUAUUAUUAUUAUUGUUCUAUUACUAGUAGUAGUUUUUUUUUAAACUUUAUUUUAAAAGACACAUCAAGCAUUUAUUUUUGAAGGUUCACGGAAGUUGCCCCGGUUAAGCAUGCGCAGUUUGACCAACGCUCGGGGACCAACCCCCAUCUGGCGGCUCCUCAGUUCGCCAGCAGCUGAACGGAGGCAGACUCCCAUCUGGAUCUCUAUAUGACUAUGUUCUAACAAAUUGAAAUAACUUAGGAGCGGUACAUCUUUCAGCAGCUCCAGCCUGAAAGGCGACCGGCGGCGAGCGAGGAGGACUUUGGCUUUCUCCUGAACUGUGAGUGCAUGAAGUGCAUCUUUCUCCUGCAAACCCCAGUCAACUGACUCUACUCCCCCAAAUCCAGGACCAUGUCUGAAAUCUAUGAUGAUUCCGGUAGUUUGGAAGAGACCACCGACAGCUUCUGGGAGGUUGGUAACUACAAACGAACGGUGAAGCGGAUUGAUGAUGGCAAUCGACUCUGCAAUGACCUGAUGAAUUGCAUCCAGGAGCGUGCCAAAAUCGAGAAAGCGUACGCUCAGCAGCUGACUGAAUGGGCCAAGAGAUGGAGGCAGCUGGUAGACAGAGGGCCUCAGUACGGCACGGUGGAGCGAGCUUGGAUGGCCCUGAUGACGGAGGCUGACAAGGUGAGCGACCUUCACCAGGAAGUGAAGAACAGCCUGAUCAACUUGGACUUUGAGAAGGUGAAGAACUGGCAAAAGGACUCGUACCACAAGCAGAUGAUGGGAGGAUUCAAGGAGACCAAGGAGGCGGAGGAAGGGUUCAAGAAGGCCCAAAAGCCCUGGGCCAAAAAAUUGAAGGAGCUCGAGGCUGCCAAAAAGUCUUACCACAUGACCUGUAAAGAGGAGAGGCUAGCCGUCACUAGAGAGGCGAACAGCAAAGCAGAGGCCUCGGUGACGGCGGAACAGCAAAAGAAGCUCCAGGAGAGAGUAGACAAGUGCAAACAGGACUCUCAAAAGGCAAGGGAGAAGUACGAGAAGGCUCUGGAAGAGCUGAGCAACUGCACCCCUCAGUACACAGAAAGCAUGGAGCAAGUGUUCGAACAGUGCCAGCAGUUUGAAGAACGGAGGCUGAGCUUCCUCAAAGAGAUGCUGCUGGAUGUCAAACGCCACCUCAACCUCACAGAGAACCAAAGUUAUGCCACGGUGUACAGAGACCUCGAACACACCAUUUCAUCAGCAAGCCCACAGGAAGAUCUGAGGUGGUUCAGCGGCAGCCACGGUCCUGGCAUGCACAUGAACUGGCCACAGUUUGAGGAGUACAACCCAGAUCUGGCUCAUAGCAUAUCUAAGAAAGAAAAGUCCGGUAAAGGAGAUAAGAUCAAGCUGACUCAUGUCACACCAUCUGUGCAUAACACUCAAGCAGGAGACAGAGGAAGUGUGAGCAGCUAUGAGAAGAACCAGGCGUACACGCCCUCCACAGAGUGGUCGGACGAAGACCAGAUGGCCCCAAACUCGGGCAGCGACACCAACGGGGGGUCCAACCCCUUUGAGGAGGAUGUGGGGGGAGGCGUGAGAGUCCGAGCGUUGUACGACUACGAGGGCCAAGAGCAGGACGAGCUGACUUUUAAAGCAGGAGAAGAGCUGACGAAGCUGGAGGAGGAGGACGAGCAGGGCUGGUGUAAAGGUCGCCUGGACAACGGCAAGCUGGGUCUUUACCCAGCCAAUUACGUGGAGGCAAUUUGAGCUUUUUUUUUUUUUUUCUUGAGCUCAGAUGCUCCCUUUAUCACGGAUGAAGCUGAACCGUUCACUCACACCUGCACAUGGCUAGAGACUUCAGAGCAAAGCUUCUGUUUCCUGUCAGGCGCCGUGAGCUGCCCUCAUCUUCACCGUGGAGAACCUGUUCAGAACCACACCACCUUCAAAUCCUUCAGCAGAAGAAGAGUUCUGUGUUCAGCUGGGCUUGAUAUCAACUGUGAGGAUAACAGUUUGUUCUCUCACCAGAACGUUGUCAUAGUGUCGUCAGACGUGCCUCUGCAGCCGGGAUGAGCUAUGCAUUGUGCAUUUUAUGUAAAUACUUGAAUCUCAUUUUGCAGUCUGGAUGCUUGUACAGUUUUUCUUUGUGUGUUUUCAUCUCUGCUACAUGUUAGGGUCCCCAGAGGAGUAGUUUGGCAUUCCUUGUGCUUUCAACUGGAUUUAGAAGGACUUUGAGGCAGUUCAAACUCAGUCAUUUAUCAGAGUGAUUCCCAAAGAAACAAAACAAAAAGGUUCAUUUUUCUUUUAAACAUUCUGCUUUUCAAUCUAUUAGCUCCCCAAAGUCCCACUCCGGUCAUCUUUUGAGUUAUUUUAAAAGUGUUUCCAGUCAUCUUAUAAUUGUGAUUGUGCCGUUUUCAGCUAAAAGCAAUAAACCUGUGUGGCUUUCUAGGACAUAGUUUCUGCAAAGUGGCAGAAGUGCUUCAGAAAAUCGCCUCGGAGAUGUGGGUUGGCCCGUAGUGACAUGGAGCAACACCACUUCCCAUCAUCCCAUUGUGUACAUGCUCUCCCACUAGCUCACAGCUCCUCACACCCCCAAGAUAACACUAUCCAUUAAAAAAAUAAAAAUAGCUGAGUAAUAUGAGGUAUGAGGGCCCGUUUACAAGCAUUUCUUUUUAAAUUACGUCUUUAAAUCUUGGAAAUUUAUGAGAAAAAAUGGUAAAUGACGAGAAUAAAGUCGUAUUUUUAUGACUUUAAAAGUCAUAGGCUAGAUUUCCGAGACUAAAAGUCGUCAAUUUACGAGAUUUAAAGACAUAAAUUUACUCGUAAUUUAACUUUUUUUUUUGUAUUAAAGCCGAACAGUUUUAAACCAGAUGCCAGCUUGGAUAAGGAAAACAAAGACGUACAUGGAUCUAUUUGUCUACAAAUACAUGAAUCAGAAAAGAUUCACAAAAAUUUGGAAAAGGGAAUACUCAGAAAUGAAAUUUUAAACCUCAUUUCUCUUAUUUAUGUCCUUCAUCAUGCCACAAGAACUUGUUAAAAACACAAUUUUCCUCGGAGUGGGGGUUUUACAUCGGCAGCUUCAUGGUUUCCUCAUUCAUUACCUGGAGUACAUCUAAGCCCCAACAACCCAGUCAAAGCUCAUUGAGGGAGGGACUUUUUAGGAAAGUUUUUCAUCUGAUUCUGUGAAAGCAUAACAAUCCUUCUCCCUUCCUGACCUGACUGCUCUUUCAGCUACAUUCAUGCACUCUUCAUUCAUAUUUUCUGACAACAUCAAAGGCAGCUCACUAUUAUAAAAACCAGAAAAAAAAAAAACAAAGCGGCUCACAGCAGAGCUGGUCUUUGAAAUGCAAAUAUAUUCCCUGCUAGGACUGUUCACAUUAACCUCUGCUGUCCCGACGUGCCUGUCAUAUCCAUACUUUCCAUGUAUUUAUUCCCCGUGAGCCGAUAAAGCAGACGAGCGGAAACCGCCCGCAGCUGUUUUCUGUGGCUCGCAGCUUCAUUUCACAACCCGGAUUUUAAUUUAUUUGUUUCUACAGUUAAUCAAAAUGUGUUUACUUUUAAGUGAAUGUCAUGGCUGCUUAUCUCUGUGAUUAUGUGCAUGAUGAUGCUCCCACGUUGGGAACCGAUCCAACGCAUGAUGCGCUCCCACUUGAUUAUUGACGAAAUCUCAACUCAGUUCCAUUUUCGACACUGUCUGGAUGAUAAUGAUGAUUAUUCUCAAUUUCUAUCCAAAAACUAGGCUGUAAUGAAUGGAUCUUUUAAUUGAAAUGUUGAUCGUGGGUAAACAUUUAAAUGAGGCAUGAACAAACAGAGUGCAUGUGAGUGGCAGUUUCUUUCUAGCUGCUCGUGUUGAUGAAGUCUGAGGGAGGCAGGUGUUCUCUUACUGCGACAAAACCAACAGGAAACCUGAUCUGGGUUUUUUUUUUUUUUUUAAAUAUUGAUGAGUUUUUUUGCAGCAGGAGCAACAUUUAUUUAUCAGAAAACACAUUUCUCCUGUGCUGUUGGUACUUCGAUGUACUUUCUGGUCCUUCUCUGCAGCUCCGGUUAUCACUUCAUGCUGUGUGUUUGUUUAGCAAAACAGAGUUCACCUCCACAGAAUCCAACUCAUCCGGAUCAGUUUACACCAACACGACGCGCACACCCUCUGUAAAUGUUUGACAACCACACCAUCGCAGACUUCUUCCUCUUGACUCUUGAAUGAAUCUUCCACUGUAUUUGAGAAAUCCACAAAGCUGUUUCAUCAACUGUGAAGCUGGAAACUGAUGAUGUGUAGAAUCAUUUUCUUUCAAAUUCAUUUCGUGUCAUUUUUCUUAUAUCUUUCUUUAGGGUUGUGUUGUAAUUUCCACUUGAUAAUGGAAUAAAAUAAAAGAUGACAACAGAAAAUU